UUUGUCACUUAUUCACAUAAGUGACAGUACGGAGAUCAGUGGUUUGUGUAUCACUGUAUGAAAUAGUAACGUUGCCCCGCUGUAGAAUGUACACAAAAUGAGUUUUGAGACAUGCCUUUGAGUGCUUCGUUUUGUUUAAGAAUUCGAUGAGUAUGCGCUAGAAAAUUGUAUCAUUAUAUCUAAUUUUUUUUUAUUGAAAACGUCACUUUCUUAAUUUCUCGACAAUUAAGUGUGUGCCAGAAAUUGUAGCAACUGUGUUAUGUGUAAUAUUUUACAGAAGAAAUUGUUAGUAUUUGGGAGAAUAACAACAUGUCAUGUGUUAGUUCCAGAAAAAUAUGUUUUCUAUAGGUACAAUAUAUUUCGUUGUGUAGUCAUUUAUGACCAGAAGACAGAAACCAUACAGCACAGUGAAGAGGAAUAAAAAUGAAAUUUAUAAUUCAGAGUUUGUGUGUAUGUGUGUUGAAUACAAAAAAAUAUUGUUAUAUCAUUUUAAAAUAGUAUGUUUAAUUAUUUAUGUUAAUGAAGAAAUGUGUAAAUAGUUUUAUUUAUUGUGCUGUAACACAAGGUGCUUAGCAUUUCAUUGUAUACUAAUAAUUGAAAGGAUAUGUAAUGACAAGAGUUACAAGAAAUUACUCUGAAGAAACUGAUUUUAUUGUUGUAAAAGGUGCCUAAUUCAAAGAAAUGGAAGAAGCACAGAAGCCGUUUGUGUGUACUGUGGAAGGGUGCUCCAUGCGGUUCACUCAGGAAGAUAAUUUGUCACUCCAUAAAAAGAAACAUGACAUGGUACUCAAUCUUGGGAAUCCAAAAACAAAUGUCUUUGUUGCGGACCAGACUCCUACUCCCACACGAUUUAUCAGGAACUGUGAAGAAGUUGGACUUUUCCAAGAUUUGCAAAAUGUUAAUCCUUUUGAGGAGACUUUUCGUAAAGCAGUGGAAGCAUCUCGUGUUGGUGGAUCACAUCUAGAGGUGCAGUCUUUACAAGUGCCGGCAGCUACUGAUGACACUUUACAUACUCCACAUGUAUUUCCCAACAUUGUUGAGGAGCAUAACUCCAUUACAAAUCUCAUUGCUUCAUCAUCUGUCACAGAGACUUCUGGAGAAAAGUCAGACUCAAGGGAGGAGUUGGAACCACUGCAAGUACCAACCAUUUUGCACACUGAGUCCACAGUUAUAGAAGUCACUGAUACUUCAGAUUUAGAUGCUCAAAUUGAAAUAACAGGAUUAGAAAAUACCGAAGUACUUGUCAAACAAGAAACUGACUCUUCACAACAGACAUCUUCUCGUGCAUCAUCAGUGGAUUCUGGUUACAAAAUUCCUGUGACAACUGCAUCUACACGAGAUACAGUUCAAGUAGUGUUUCGUAUGCCAAAUGGAAGGUUUGUGCAGCUCUCGGGUGUGUCUAUGGACAGUAUUCCAUCAACACAGCUACCUAUACAGGUUCCUCCUAAUGUUGUCCAGACUGCACCUGUUGCACAAUCUUCAGCUGCAUCAAAUGCUGUGAUAAUAAAUACUCAGUUUGUAGAAACUGCUGCAAGAUUGACACAAAUUUCUGCAGAAUCCCAACAAAAUCUUGUAGAACUUCCUUCAGUCUCUGUUCCUGUUUCAUCAGCUUCAGUAACCACCUCAUCAUUAAACAUUACAGAAACUGUUAGCACUCCGCAAGCAAGAUUGUCUGCAGCAAAAAUGAAAUUAAAGCAGCGAAUUCAGAUCAAUUCCCAAAAGAAACAGACAUCCUCAUCAGAAAUAGAGGCCAGUCAAGCUGCUCAGAAGAAGACUGCUGGCCAGCUAGCUCUUCGAUUACCAUCUUCUGAAGGCUCUGACACUAGUGGUUCAGCGAACUCUAGAAGUAAAAGAUCAUCAUUGAACCCUUCUUCAGAUAUGGAUGAACAGAAAAUGAGAUUUAGAGAAAGAAACAGAGCUGCAGCAAUGAGAUGUAGAGAAAAGAGAAAACAUUGGAUACUUGAGUUAGAGAAACGUGCUGAUGACACUCAAAAAAUGAAUCAACAAUUAACUGCUGAAGUAACCAAAUUGCGCAGUGAGCUUGUGCAAUUAAAAACCCUCCUUCUUGCACAUAAAGAUUGUUCAGUUACGAAAGCCAUGCAGCAGGGACUGGGAAUUGCUAUCGGAAAACCUUCAAAUACUGUAAAAGCAUGUUCUGUGACAGAAAUUCAGGUGCAGCACUCUGCAGUUUCUGUUCCUCAAGUGCCAGUGACCAUUCCAGGAACUCUAAAUGUUUGUCCAUCUCCAGAAGAUCCUCUUCCAAAAGUAGUGCUUUUGAGUAAACCAGCAGGUUUGAAGAGACGACGACAAGCUACCUUGCCAGCAUUGGCUGUGGAGAAUGGUACAAUUAGUUCAAAGGACUCCCAAACCGAGCAGUCAGACACAGCACGUGUUGUAACAAUAACACAGCCAAUAUCUGUGAUACCUUCUAGAUCCCAAGGUCAUCAGAUAUCAGAAGAUAAAUCAAGCAUCAUCUCCAAUUCAAUUACUACAGCUCCACCAACUUGUCUAAUAACUGUGGGAGAACCCACUCUCAUUUCAACUGGUGUACCUGGUCAAAGCAUUAGCAUCAAACCAGAAGCACUGGCAUCUACCUCAUAUCUUAUGCCUACCAAACUAUGUCUUCCAGAAAAUAAUUCAACUUUACCUCAUAUAAUUAAAUUGAACACAAACAUUCUCAAAACAGGUGUCACUGAAGCAAUGAAGACAAAUAAUGUGAGCCAUUCAAAUGGUGACAGUAUGGAUUCAGGACAUGGAAGUGACAUAGAAUUCCUUGUUGUGUUUGUGUCUGUGAAGCAGUAUUUUAAUAUCAGAUGGAAAGAAAAUAGGCAAUUUCUUUUGAAUAGAACUGUUGGAAAGAGAGAAUGA